AUGGACAUCAAGGAUGUUUCUGAUGUCGGCGACUUUGUCUCCUUCAUGGAACGGCUCCGAGUAGCCGCGGAGCGAGCUGGCCGCAGAAAGGGGCAGAUCCCUCACGAUCACCCUCUGCCCAGCAUGCUUGUGAUGCAGUUCAUGAUGGCAAGAUCAAUGUCUCUAUCACGCCCAGCAGUUUCAGGUGGACAGUCGAAUUUCGCAACCAGUCAAAUUCCACCGGUAUAUCUCCCCUGCCUCCAACCCGCAAACGAGUUGCAGCCUCUGCCAAUUUCCAAGAUGAGAUUGGAAGAGCAUCAUCGAGGCAAGCGAGUCAUCAUUCGAACGAUGACGCCCACGGAACAGAUGAAUGCAAUCAUGGCCAUUGCGGAAGAUGAGGAAGGCACUGCUGUCCUGCUGCAACUCUACAACCAACCAGAUCAGACGGUGAUGCAAGCCGACGACGUACUCCCGGAAGGUAGCGUCUGCCUUAUAAAGGACCCAUUCUUCAAGGUGACGACCGAUGGCAAAUAUAGCUUACGGGUGGACCACGUGGGCGACAUCACCCUACUGCCCGAGGGCGACGAACGCAUCCCGGCGCAGUGGAGGAAUCUGAAAACCGGUGGCAGCUCGGAGGAGAUUCGGCAGCAGGGAAAUGCCGCCGUGGGACAGCGAAAUUGGGGAAAAGCAGAGAUCUUAUACUCCAAGGCACUCGCCUCCGCUGCCACGCUUGAACAGAAAUGCGCAGCGCUCCUCAACCGGUCCUUGGCAAAUCUAAGGCUUCAUCGCCCGGAAAAUGCACUGGACGACGCUGCCAAAAGCCAGGAGAAUGGCAACCCAACCGAAAAAGGACUCUUCCGGGAAGCCAAGGCCCACUACGCGCUGGAACAGUUCUCGCUCUGCUGUGAGAAGCUGCGACAAGUAGUCUCUCUGAACCCCGACAACCGAGACGCAAAGAGGGAGCUCGAGCGGACCUUGUCCCGUAUUUCCGAGCAAGAUCAGGGCAUCUACCAGUGGAGGCAGAUGCACAACCAAGCCAAGGCCACCCCACCUGUGAUCGACUGCGCGACCUAUACUGGUCCUGUCGAGGUGCGCCACUCCCCUGGGCGUGGACGAGGACUCUUUACGUCAAAGGCAGUCAAGGCCGGUGAUCUUCUUCUUUGCGAGAAAGCCUUUGCAUACAACUAUGCUGGUGAAGAUGAUGUCAUCAGUCGCCAGAACGUCAAGAUAUUGAUGAGCUUGGACUCGAAGAGGAUGACGAUGGGCGGGCAGGCAGAUCUCAUUUCCAGCCUUGUACAGAAGCUGCACCACAACCCCCAUGUUGCCUCGCGUUUCACCGACUUGCACCGCGGGAACUACCGGUCAGGAGGAACUACAGAGCAGAGUAUCUCUGCAGUUGAUACGUUUCUUGUAGCGACGACCGUCGGUCUUAACUGCUUCGGCGCCCCACGAGCGUCCAUCCUCAACUGGGAAAAUACGGGAGGUCAGAAGAAAAGCUACACCACCUGCGGCAUUUGGAGCCUAGCUUCCCACAUUAACCACUCGUGUGUCGGCAACUGCCGCCGCUCGUUUAUUGGAGACAUGAUGGUUGUGCGAGCCUCGAGAGACAUGGAUGCCGACACGGAGCUGCUGAUGAGCUACCGGCCGCCCGAUGAAGGUGCGAGCUAUAAAGAGACUCAGAAGAACCUUCAGCACUGGGACUUUAUAUGCCGAUGUGAGUUGUGUGAAGAGAAGAAGUCAGUCUCGAAGCAGACGUUUCAGAAACGCCAAGGGCUUCUCCGAGACUUGAAGAGCACCAUGCGGACCUGCAAGACUCUAGCCCAGGAAUCCAAGGCACAGCAGCUUCUGGGCCAGCUCGAGGGAACUUACGUCGUCGGUAAAGGAACACACCGUUUGGAGCUCUGUGAAUUACACCUUACGCUUGGACAGAAGCGAUUGGCAAGAGGAAAACCCAUUGAAGCUCUCGAGUUGAUGAUCAAAUGCCUCGAAGAUGGUGGCUUUAUCAUCGAGGCUAAUCCUCCUGGGAACACAUCCGGCAAGCCACAUUUGAAGAUCAUCAGAUGGGGUCACCCUACCGAGCGCCUUGUGACGGCCUUCCUCGUCAUGUCCCAGGCGUACGACACUGAAGCCCCUGAGCUAUGCGAGGCAGCGAGAGGAUUUGCCAAGACAGCAUACGCCAUCUGCUAUGGAGAGAAUGACACGGUUGGAGAGGUCUGCGGGGAGUUUAAGUGA